UCUACACUUCAGUCAAAAAUGCCUGUAAGUGUUGCUUUUUGUUAAGUGUGCAAUUUUUAGUAUAUCCAGCUAAAGGUUUCAUACCAAGGACAACUGAAGGAGAGAUAGCAUUCUGCAUUUUAGGAAAUAACUCCAUUAUGGCACCACUGGCCCGUUUAGCGUUUCUUCUGGGAGUGUUUCUGCUCCUGCAGGAUGUGAUUUCAGCGAAACGGCCUAAGGGGAAAGGCAAAAUGAAGCAAAAGCUAACUGAUGGCAGUAUGGACGAAGAUGAGGAGAUCCGAAAUAUCAAGGACAAACUUGCAAUCAUCGAAGCAAAGCUUGACGGCUCCUCAGACUCAUCUGCCAUCAAAGGUGGUUGCCAAGGAAGCGGAGUUCACUUUUACUUCCACUCCGGAGAUGAAUCACACCCUAUGUCUGACCAGGACCAGCACGUGCACGUUCAUCUCGAUGGUGAAGACUCGGGGUCACAUGAAGGUCAUCAUCAUCAUCAUCAUCAAGAUGAAUCACAUGAUCAUGAUGAACACAUGGACAGCCACGAUACGGACCACGAUGAUCAUCCUCACGAUCACUUUGCGCAUGCUGACUUCUCUAACCCCGACGACAACAUCAUAGGAUUCGUUCAAGUGCAACAGAAUACGAACGAACGCGGUGCAAACUUCUACUUCGAGUUCAGUAAGCUGCCAGGCAAUGACGCUGAGUUCCACGUACACGUGCACGAGUUUGGUGAUGUUUCAGACAAUUGCAACAACAUUGGUGGUCACUACGACCCCAUUCUCCCAGACGAGGACGUUGGUAAUCUUGGUCACAUUGAGACGAAUAGCAAUAGCGCUGUAGAGGGAGUUUGGAAAAACGGCACCGACCUUACGAUCUACGGAGACCACUCAAUUGUUGGACGUUCAAUCGCGAUUCACGAAUCUGAUGGUACCAAAAUAGCGUGCGCUGUCAUUGGCUGGUGUUCUGAAAACACCCAUCACCACCAUGAUUAAGGCGAAUCAAAAGUACGGAUCACAGUCCUGGACACAGAAAUUUGCCUACUUUAGUACUUACUUCUCUUGAAAGCUGAGCUUAUAGUUUUUAGAAGUUGGCCUAUUUACAUGUGUGUUUUCUUUCAUUAUUUUCUACAAGCUUUUUGAAUGUAUAUAAUCAUUGAAAGCAACUGUUUUGCUAGUUGCAUGCCUAUAUACACAUUUUACUCUUAAUGUAAAGCUUUGAAAUACAGAAACACAUACGACUUA